AUAAGUUUUUCCAUCAUGUAAAUGUUAGCCUGCCAUUUUCCUUGCCUGUCUCUGACGAGCAGUACUUCGUCAUCUGUGCAGGCUUUGAACAUGUACUAUAGCUAGUAUUCUAAAAUGUCUCUAGCACCGCCCACAAGCCCGAGGCUUCAUGGACGAUCUAGAAGCUUGUCUCCUAAUCCUCGUCAGGGCACCACGUCAUCCCCGUCCCUCCCUCAGCUGCUAGCCCCACCCAUGAGAACAACAAGCCUGACCCCUAGUCCCAGACUCACUCGCCACUCCUGGUCCCCUGCCCAUUCCCCCACCCUGCACCACCAUGUCCGCAGCACGUUGAACCUGUUCUAUCGUUCCAAGGACUCGCCCAGCGGCCAGCAGCUCCACCUGGCAGCCCUGCAGGGAAACAUCGAGCUGCUGAAGCGGACGCUCGACGGUGGGAGGGUUCACAUAGACAGUCAGGACAAGGAAGGCACCACACCGUUGAUACUUGCAGCAGCCAACAAUCACUAUGGGUGUGUGAGGGAGCUACUGGACCAAGGGGCAUCACCACAUAUCAGGAGACAUACAGGAACAUGUGCACUGUUCUUUGCUGCACAGGGAGGAUUCCUGGACAUUGUGAAGCUACUACUGGACAAGGGUGCUCCUGUGGAACAUCCCCCAGACGGAGGGACUCCACUGUUUGUAGCCUGUCAGUGCAACCAUCUGGCUGUGGUGAGGGAGCUGUUGGGGAGGGGGGCCAACAUACAUGCCACCAUGGCCGAUGGAGCCACUCCCUUGUUUAUUGCAGCCCAGAAUGGACACUGCAAGCUCCUCAGAUUCCUCCUCUCUAAAGGUGCCAACGAGAAUCAGAUAAGAAAAGACAGGGCCACCCCCCUGUGGAUUGCCUCCCAAAUGGGCCAUGCUGAUAUUGUGAAGGAGUUGUUGGAUGCAGGUGCACAGGUCGAUGCUGCCAGGGAGGAUGGAGCUACUCCACUGUUUAAAGCAGCACAUAAAGGACAUGUGGAGGUUGUUAGGAGCCUGGUCAACCAUGGGGCCACCUUUGAACUUUUAAAUAAUGGGGAAAGUGCCUUACAUGCUGCAGCAUUAUUUGGGCACCUGAAAGUUGUCAAGGACUUGGUAGCUGCAGGAGCAAAUGUCAACCUAAAAAAUAAGGAAGGACAGACCCCGGCCGAGUUGGCAAGGGAUGCUGGGUAUGAUGUCAUAGCAGAGUUUUUAUUGAAGGCUAGACCAUCUUACCAAACAACAGUAUGAGGCAGUGUAUUGUAACAUUUGUAUGUAGUGACAUACAUCAUCACAAGGUAUUGUGCCACAUAUGUACACUGAUUGGAAAGUCAUUGGAAAGGUCACAAGAUAUACAGUAUCAUGUACAAUCGAGAGAAAUGUUGCUUAUUUUGUGAUGAAACGAAUCUUGAAAGAUGAUACAGAAAUUAAUGUAAUUGUAUUAAAGCUAGUUAGGAUAUUAGAAAGAAAAUCCAAAGGUUUAUUGUAGAGUGGUGGUUGGUUCUUCAUACUGGCAUCCAGUGUCAUGAGUUUUGAUACUUUGUUUAAGGAACUUGAUGCCAGCCAGAGACUUAUUUUUUACCUUAGAUAGGGGAAAUGCAGUCUCCAU